AUGGUCAAUACCUACACGCAGGAGAGGAAGCAAGAGAUAAUCGGUGAAGUCCAAGCAGGCAGCGCUGUUACCACAGUCGCUACGGCGACCGGCGUCCACGAAAAGACGAUUCGGAAGUGGCUGGCGGCAGCAAAUGAGGGCAAGUCGCUUGCCUCCUCGAGGCCCGGGCCGAAGCCGUUCUUCCCCCCAGUUGCUGAGCAGCAGCUCUGCGACUGGGUCAUCGGUCGGCGCUUUAAAGAGCGCUUUCCCGUCCUGACAAGACGAACUGCGCAGGCGCUGUCACUCAAGCGCAACUGCAUCGUCCCCACCGAUCUAACUAUGCUUUUCAAUACGCUAGCAAAGCUCGUGAUUGAGUUGAAGCUCGAUGCCUCACGUGUGUUUAAUAUGGACGAGACGGCGUUUCAGAAACAACUCAAGAGCAAGAAAGUCGUAGCGGUCAAGGGGUCGAGCAACGUUUGGAGCACCGAGCCUACGGCGAAUUUUCACCUCACCAUCGUGGCGUGCGGAAGCGCUGCUGGAUUCGUGGUGCCUCCGGCAUUUAUUUUGCCGGGGAAGACAGUGUCAUCACGGCUUCUAGAGAACUGUGAGGCGCCAGGAGCCGCUGUGUCGUCAUCGCCUUCUGGCUUCAUGAACACGGAGCUAUUCGAGUAUUCCUACCACCAAACGGAAGCACCUCCUGCACCGUUGGAUGUCGCGGUGUUCUCCACGCUCAGGAACAAGAUCCGGAACCUGAUAGGCGAGCUGGUUGAAGAAGAAGACAGCGGAUUCUACAGUAUCAGCAAGGAGGACGCCAUCGUCGUGGCGGGCAUGGCGUGGAGAGGGGCCAAGAUCAGUCGCAACAUCAAGCGGGGUUUCAAGGCCUGUGGACUGUAUCCACUGUCGCUGGUCAAGAUGGGCUCUCGACUCGAUGCGUUCGCCCGCAACGGAGCCCCUCGUCACGUCCAGCUCGCUGCGUGGCUACAUAUGCGCGAGAUUGUCCAAGAUGAAGCUCUGACGCUUCCAGCGCCGCCCCCCAAGGACAUCAGCACCAAGCGCAAGCGUGUAUCCGUAGGCGGCCGCCUGCUGACACACGCCGUGCUACAAGCAGGCAUGCCGAAAAUAUGA